CAACCAAUGAAGAUACCAGAAAUCGGUCACAUGUGUUAGUCUCUGGGUAUCCAUGUUUAUGGAGCAACUGUAGGCCCGCAAGCUGACAGUGGUUUAGGGGCGAUAUCUAGGGGUUAUCACGCUAAAAGGGUACACUGCUUGAUUGACACAGUGACCAAGAUGCCGUGUGUUUCACAGAGUACAUGGAAGGAGACCCGCCCGCGGGGGCCAAUUGCUCCCAUGUUCGGAAGUCCCGGACCCCAGUAUGCGCUGCCAGGAUUGAUUGGCGUCAAUGACCACGAUCCAAGGAGUCCCCAUAAGAAGAACCCUGCCUACUCUUUCGGUGUGAGGCAUGGCAAGUUCCGGGAUGACUGUGGCCCUGGCCCGGCUUAUCUGCCUGAAGCUAAACUUUACCGAGACGGCAGAGAUGGGGCUCCCCACUAUUCACUAUACAGUCGCCCCCGGGAUCUCAGUACCCACAAAACUCCUGGCCCAGGGGCUUACAGGCCUGAAAAUGCAGGUCUUACCUCGGCAUGUGUUGGGGCACCCAAAUAUUCAUUUGGAAACAGACAUUUAAACAGGAAGUCAGAUCAUACCCCAGCCCCAAAUGCCUACCGACUGCCUGACCAGCUGGGCAGAACAAUCGAGGGGGGUAAGAAGCAAGCACCAGUAUAUUCCCUCAGGGGACGCCAAAAGAUCGGAAGCUUCCACGAAGACCUGCAAAAGACCCCUGGUCCCGGUAAUUACAACGUGACCGACCCUAACAGAUACAAGAGAGCCGCCCCAGGUUACAGCAUGACUUCUCGGUCUCAGUUGCCAGGCGACACCACCGUCAAACCCGGACCUGGCUCCCACAGCCCUGAACAAGUUUACAUAAACAAACGCUCAGCGCCAUGUGUUAGUUUUGGAAUGCGUCAUUCCCAAUACACAGCGCCACUGAUAGUGGACGUCCGAGACUAAACAACUCUGGAUGUAUGUCAUCUAUUUCAACACGUUUACUCAAAUAAGAAAGAAGCUCCAUGCUAUUCAUUUGGAAUCCGACACAGCCAGUACACGGCACCCUUGAUUGUGGAGGUCCAGGAUUAGUGCUGCCGCCGACGUCCAGCUGUGUGUGCAGCCAGCCUGCCGGCCGGCCAAAGAGUCAGAUAUUAACCAAUAGUAUUAUCACAAAAGAACUGCUGAAUAUAUUUGUCUGUCAGACAAUACGAGAAACUGAUGCAUUAUGCUGAAGUACUUUGACUGUCAUCAAAGAAACUCAAUCAUUCAUUUGACAAAGCUUUAAGAAUGAGAUGCAAUCCUACUUAUUAACAGACAGAUUGAUAUUUAUAAUUGUUAUGACUAACUUGAAUGGUAUAUCAGUAUGAAUCUUUUUGUUGAAAAAGAAAAGCAGUAAAAUCUUUCUACCAAAUGGGAAAUAUGGCUGAAGGUCAAACUGUUGAAGCUAGACAUGUUAAGUAAAAUAAGAGAUCUAAAUAAAAUAUACCUACAUAGGAAUACCCGGUAAGGAUACUGCAUUUUGUUCAGUGACAUUCAUUAGUGAAAAUUUGUUUAAAACUUCAUCGCUUGUUAAAACAAUUGCUACGCAAAUACUUAUUGUUUCAGGUAAUAUUUUAGACUGUUUAUCUUUUGUCAAAGUACUUUCUUGAAUCUGUGUAAACCAUGUUUAAGAUUUUGAUAAAAUUUAUACGCGAUGUAUCAUAAUUUGAUUAUUAUAUAUAGAUAAAUAUGAAAGGUUAACAUUGGAUUCAUAUUCAUUCUGUUUUCGCGUCGUUUCGUCUUGAAUGAUUUUCUGUUUUGUUUGACUACAUCAUAGCUGACUUGUUACAAUGGGAUAAAUGAUCCUAUAGAGACAUUGUUUGCUUUAUUUCAGAUAUUGUUUGUACAAAUAUUAAAAAAAGCAAUUUUGCAAGGUAUUUAAAUUUCUUUGUAUAUUUUGAUACAGAAAAAUAUGCCACUUAAUUAAUUCGGAAAACUACCCACAAUCAAAAACUGUUCCACAAAUUUGAACGGAUUUGUAUAAAAUUACCUCAUGUAUAAAGUAGAUGAUGGUGUUGUGGCUGGUUGUCCCUCAGUGAUCGUGCCUUGCAACUGGAUAGGAAGCUAGUCUAGCAGGACAUAUCUGUAGAGAAUGAGCAGUGAAGUCUAUAUGUUGUGAGCUCUCAAUUCUGCAACCAAAUAACAACUGCUCAUCUGAUGUGGUAUUUAUUUAUGCGUGUUACCACUCCAGCAUUUUACCCGACACAAGCAGUAUUCACUUUCACUUCAGUAUUCAAUUUUUGACAUUUAUUGUUAAUUGUAUUCAAUGUUUUACACAAUAUGGAAAUCUUUGUGGAGAAACUAUGUAUGUUAUUAAACACCCUAAUAUCAGCUAUAACCAAAUAUACUACUGAGAUGUAGGAAUUUCAUAUUGAUCCUUCGUAUUGUGAAAGUCAGAUUUCCUUGGAGGAAGUGUCCCGUGAAAAUUAAGGUUAAUAAAUAAGUGUAAUUGUAUAUCAAGUUUUUGAAAUAUAUAAUAUUUGGCAUUGACGCUCUACAAUGUUAUAUAACUGGUUUCAUUGAGAUCUUUUACACCCUUUUGUCACCAUAUCGGGAUAUUGUUGCAUUGAAAUAAAUAAAAUUCAUUAAAAGAUGAAAGUGAUUAAAUUGGAAGAUGUGAAUCUGAAUGCAGGUUUAACAUGAAAAUGGAUGUUGAAAGUAUGUGAUUAUAAACACAUAUGUUCAUAUCCAGAUUGUUAUAUACUGUAGUGAGAAUAUGUGUUGUUUUUUCUGUUUGUGGUGUUUGAUCUAUCUGUUGGCAAAUUUUUGCAUGUUAGCUAAAUCUGUGAUAACCCGUGUGCACAAGUUAACCACAUUGCUCUACGUUCUAUGGAUGGUUUUGUAGCUUCGUCGUAUUGCUGCUGUAAAUUUUUGCUCAUUUUAUGCUUUAUGCUCUUGUACAAAUUUUACUUAUAUAUAAUAACUACAAUCAUGCUCAAUUCUUAACCUAACAAAUAAAAUGUUCUGUCUUAA